AUGCCCUCUGCCGUCACCACAACCUCCCAUGUUACGGGACCCGUCACAGACAGCAAACCUGCUGUCCCGUUUCCAGCAGAGCACAAUGUCCAAGAGGACGAUGACUCUGCCGUCGAUUCAGAGUUUAUCCCAACACACCCCUUAGGCGUCAAGCCUCUGGGGAACCAGUAUUUUUUCGACGGCGUCAGUGCCCGCAGAUCGAUUGGGUCGUGGACUUUGUUGCCGGAUGAGAUGCUCACGGUUGUCCUGGAGCACUUGGACAAGUCGUCACUGCUGUCCAUGGGCCACACCUGCAAGUUUUUCUACGCGUUUUGCCACUCGGAAGAGUUGUGGAAGGCGCUAUUUCUACGAUACAAUUCUUCCGACGGUGCCACUCGACGAGUCCAGUGGACAGGCUCAUGGAGGAACACGACGCUAGGCAUCCCGGACAACUGCAGGGCCAAGGUAGACUGUGGCAACGUCUUUUCCGACGUGCUGCAUAGGCCCUUUGCCUGCAGCAACAUCAAUCUGAAGCAGUACACUUCGGGGAUCCCCAAGGCCAAUAGCAUCCGUCGGUUCGACAACCUAACAUAUGGCGAGUUUGCCGACAACUGGACAAGAGAGCCCUUUAUCCUGUCCAAGUGCAUACAGAACUGGCCGGUUGCGACUGAAUGGACGAUGGACACUCUCUUACGGGACUACGGAGACGUCCCGUUCCGCGCCGAGGCGGUCGACUGGACCUUUUCCACUUACUGCAAGUACAUGCGGAAUAACAUGGACGAGAGCCCCCUGUACCUGUUUGACCGGGCCUUUGCAGAAAAGAUGGGCCUGACAGUCGGGCGAGACGCUUCUGAGGAGGGGAAAACAGCAGCAUACUGGAGACCAGAGUGCUUCGGCCCGGACUUUUUCGAGCUGCUCGGCCAGGAGCGUCCGGCACACCGAUGGCUCAUUGUUGGACCGGAGCGCAGCGGCUCCAAGUUCCACAAGGACCCCAACGCCACGAGCGCCUGGAACGCUGUGAUCUCGGGCGCCAAGUACUGGAUCAUGUUCCCGCCUACGGCCCAAGUACCGGGUGUGUACGUGUCCCGUGACGGCGGCGAGGUGACCAGCCCGCUCAGCAUAGCCGAGUGGCUGCUGACCUUCCACGACGAGGCCCGCCAGCUCCCCGAGUGCUUAGAAGGCAUCUGCCGCGCCGGCGAGAUCCUCCACGUCCCCAGCGGGUGGUGGCAUCUCGUCGUCAACACGGAGCCCGGCAUAGCCCUCACUCAGAACUUUGUGCCCCAGUCCCCCAGUCUGCACCACCUGUCCGAGGCGCUGGCCUUUUUGCGAGACAAGCCCGAUCAGGUCUCUGGGUUCCGGCAGGACGUGCAAGACCCCUUUGGGAUCCUCGUCAGCCGACUCAGGCAGGAUAACCCAGAGGCCCUGGAAAAGGCGCUGGAUCUGGUGGACCGCAAGAGUGGGAAGAAGCGAAAAUGGGAUGCUGUUGUGGGGGCUGGGGUGGUUGAUGAGGACCGGUCAGGGGGUGGAGGCGGCGGCUUUAGCUUUGGGUUCGACGGGGACGAUGUUGAUGAGGAGAUUCCGUAA